UUCUUCUUUUGUUACAAACAAAAAUGUUCCUCCCCUUGGUUUUCUUCAUUUUCCUACAGAUUAUGAUCAUCAUAUCAUCAUCAUCAUCAGCUGAAUCAUCUACGAUCGAGCUGGGUAAACCUGGUUGUCCAUAUAAAUGUGGAAACAUUAUCAUUCCAUACCCAUUUGGUGAUUAUCAAAAUCAGUGCUCCAUGUUUGAAGAUGAUGCUGAUAAAGUCUACUAUGUCUUCUGCGAUACUUCUUAUAAUCCUCCAAAGGCCUUCCUUGGAAUGAAUAACGAAUUCGAGAUUCUAAGUAUAUCACCAGAAAUGGAAUUUCGCAUAAGAAACACCGCCGUAGGUGCCAAAUGUUACGAUGGUCGAACGAGAGAGGUAGUGUUAGAUAAACCUUUUAACAAGUUGAAUUUGGGAGCUACGCCUUUCACCAUCUCCUACACCAAAAAUAUGUAUGUCGGAAUCGGGUGUAACGUAAUGGGGUUUAUACAUAACCAGACAGUUCCCAGACCUUGUACCUCAAAAUGUGCGAGUAAGGUGGAUGUAAUAGAAGGAUCUUGCACUGGAAGCGGCUGCUGUGAGGCAAUCAUCCCAAAGAGUUUGAACUAUUUUUUGGGGGAGGUAAUGGUUAAUUCUACAGCAGAAUAUCACAGUCAGUGCAGCUUCGCUUUCUUGGUUGAAACCGGACAAUACACAUUCCAGGGAUCAGAUCUGCAACUAGACGGACGCCUUACUAAACCUGACAUGGAUUUACCAGUGGUGCUUGAUUGGGCUAUAGGAGCAAGGAGUUGUAAAGAAGCGCAGACGAUAACACCUAAUUAUGCAUCAGAUAGAUAUGCAUGCAAGAAUAAUACUGACUGCAAUAAUGCACCGGAUAAUCCUGGAUAUCGUUGCACUUGUAAGAAAGGUUACGAAGGGAACCCUUAUCUUGGAUGCCAAGAUAUCAACGAAUGUGAGGAUGAAAACAACAACCCCUGUUACGGAACAUGUACCAAUACACUUGGAGGCUACAACUGCUCUGCUUGCCCAGAGGGGAGUACCGGUGACGGGAGAAAAGAUGGGACUAGUUGCACAACUUUACCGACAAAAGAUGGAUUUCCAGUACUAAGAGUUGCACUUGGUCUUAGUUUGGGAUUAUUGUCUGUAUUUGUUUGCGGGUUAUUCUUAUAUUUAUGCAUAAGGAAGCGAAAGUUACUUAAACUCAAAGAACAAUUCUUUCAACAAAAUGGUGGAUUACUGCUAAGACAACAAUUGCCUUCAAGGGAUGGUGUUGUAGACUCAACAAAGAUCUUUACACAAGCUGAGCUGAAACUGGCAACUAACAAUUUCCAUUCAAGCCACGUGCUAGGAGAAGGAGGCUACGGUACAGUUUACAAGGGAACAUUAUCUGAUAAUCGCGUUGUUGCUAUUAAGAAGUCGAAACAGAUUGACAAAAGUCAAAUUGAGCAAUUCAUAAAUGAGGUUCUUAUUUUAACUCAGAUUAACCAUCGAAACGUAGUGAAACUCUUAGGUUGCUGUUUAGAGACCGAAGUUCCGUUGCUUGUUUAUGAGUUCGUAUCUAAUGGUACCCUUUCCCAACAUAUCCAUCAAAAUGGUGCAUUUGAGAUGUCCUGGGAAAGUCGUUUAAGGAUCGCUACAGAAAUUGCAAGUGCCAUCGCAUAUUUACAUUCUGCAGCAUCCACACCAAUUAUCCAUAGAGACAUAAAGUCUGCCAACAUAUUACUGGAUAACAAUUACGUUGCUAAAGUUGCAGAUUUUGGAGCAUCAAGAUUAGUUCCUCUGGAUCAGACUCGUGUAAACACUGCGGUUCAAGGCACAUUCGGGUAUCUGGAUCCAGAGUACUUCCAUUCGGGAGAACUAACUGAUAAAAGUGAUGUGUAUAGUUUUGGUGUAAUGCUGGUAGAACUCUUGACAGGACUAAAACCAGUUAGUAUGGAAAGACCAGAAGAACAAAGAAGCCUUACAAGCUAUUUUCUUUCUUUAACGGAAAAAAAUGAAGAGUUCAAGAUCAUUGAUGCUCCAGCGGACGAGGGACAUCUGCAACAAGUCCUUGCAGUCAUUGUAAUUUCAAAGAAAUGCCUCAAGUGGAAGGGUGAAGAAAGGCCACCAAUGAAGCAAAUUGCAGCAGAUUUACAAGUUCUGGCAAAGUUCAAUUCAGUUGGAUGGGAUUGUCAACCUCUGUCCUACGAAGAAACUACAGACUUGCCAUCUGAGAUGAAUAACCUUUACAAUAGCAUUCCGUCGAAUUUGUUCGACCAUUCCAGCAAGUACACUUCAGAGACAAAUGUUGACCUCUCUAUGAUGAUUCCUCGAUGAAAUUGCAUAGAGGCCAACAUAGUUUUUGCAGGAGUAAGCAUUCAAUGUAUUUUCCAAAUAUGUGUGAAGGUUUUAUUUUGAUUAAGAGUUGUGCAAAUACAAAUACAAAUACAAUUCAUUUAUUUUAAUUUAA